AUCUCGAGUAAGGGAAAGAAUCGACACACACGCUGACGAAUUAUCACGAUCGAGAGCUAGCGCGAAACAAAGCGGUUCAUCCAACAGUAGUUGAAGCUUCGUAUACAGGAGAGUGUAGCAAUGGCGGCCGUGUCCAAGAAGGCUCUGACCGUAGCGGCUUUUGUCGCGAUGGCCGUGCUGGCCCCGCCCGUGGCCGCGCUGGUGCCGUACGGCCUGAGCGGUGGGCUAUGGGACAUGCUCGACGACCCGUUCCGGGUGCUGGAGCAGACGCCGCUCGCGGUGUCCUCCAGGCCGGCGUCGGCCAGCAGCCAGGCGGGGGCAAUCUCGCCGGCGGUGGCGCUGGCGAGGUGCGACUGGAAGGAGACGCCCGACGCGCACGUCAUUUCGCUCGACGUGCCCGGGGUGCGGCGGGACGACGUGAAGGUGGAGGUGGAGGACAACCGCGUGCUGCGGGUCUCCGGCGAGCGCAGGGCGGACGAGGAGAAGGAGGGCGAGCGGUGGCACCGCGCCGAGCGCGCCGCGGGGAGGUUCUGGCGGCGGUUCCGCAUGCCCGCCGGCGCCGACGUCGACCGCGUCACCGCGCGCCUCGAGGACGGCGUGCUCACCGUCACGGUGCCCAAGGUCGCCGAGCACCGCAGGCGGGAGCCCCGCGUCAUCAGCAUCGCCGGGGAGGACGCCAACAGCGGUGGCAAGGGCGCGGAGGUCAGGACGUCGAAGGCCGAUGUGUGAUCGAGCACAGAGCUAGCGCUUGUGACUUGUGCAGGACAUCGCGAUUUGGAGAACUAUCGGUUGUUCACGCGUUCAUAUGUGGAAAUGUCUUUUGCCUAUGUGUGUGUGGUAAAUUGUGAGGUUGCUCUGUAUUGCCGAUGAAAUGGGAUUUGUGUUCAAUAUUAACGUGGCGAGAGUUGUCUUGUGUUCUACCCUUAUGAGCUGAUGUUGGAUCCUUCGAUCAAUCGAAACAUUUACCACUUCUA